AUGCACAACGACCGAAGAAAUAUUCUCUUUGAUGAUGUUGGUUUCAACGUGGACCCAACAUCACCAACGCAAAGUCUUGAUUUUUUUGAUAGCGGAUUCAGCUCUAGAAGUUCGGUCGGAGGAGCUUCAUCACCCCCUCUUGGAGGAGAUGCUCAUCCGAGCGGAGCGAUGGAUUCAUCAAUGAAUAUUCAUUCAACAUCCAGUGGUCAUAAUUCCGGUGUUGGUGGAUUUGGAAAUUUAUUUGGAGCUUUUCAGGGUGGAGGAGGUAAUACGCUUUUCCAAAAUCCGGCAGCCGAUUUUAUGUUUAAUAUAGGAGUCAAUCAAAUCUAUGACACAGUUGGAGAGCGAACGAAUGAUAUGAAUAGUAGAUAUUGGCAAUGGUUUGACGGAUUGAAAUGUUAUUUUAAUGUGACGAAUAGUUAUGUCAGUAGAAAAUUAUUGAUGGUCUUGUUUCCCUUCAAAAAGUUCCAAGAUCAAUCAAAUACAUCAUCAGCCAAUUUCAACCCAUCACAACAAGGAAACGCUUCUACUACUCAACAGGAAAGACAUCUAAACGACCCAGAUUUUUAUAUUCCGCUCAUGGGCUAUAUAACAUAUGUAUUGUUAGUGUGUUUUAUAAUGGGAGCCUACAAAGAAUUUAAACCCGAUCUUCUUUAUAGCAUUGGAAUGAAAGGAUUUAUCACAUCAGUUUUAGAAAUUUCAAUUGUAAAAUUUGGAUUUUAUUUUCUUGGAGUUCCAAGCAGUUUAGGAGUUCUUGAUGUAGCUGCCUAUUCAGGCUACAAAUAUAUUGGAAUUAUUCUGACCUUGUUGUUGACAUCUCUAUUUGGAACCUAUGUGUAUUAUCCUGCAUUAUUUAUUUUCAGUAUUAUGAUGUCCACCUUUAUGAUCAAGUCAUUAAGAAGAGCUGGUAUUCACUCCUCUGAUAAUAGCAUGAGAUUGAGAGGAGAUAGCACUGCUUCUAAGCGAAAUUAUUUCAUAUUUGUGGUGGCUCUUUUGCAAAUUCCAUUCUUUUUCUUCCUUACUUUUAGUUAUGCCAAGCCAUUGUUUGAUUUUGUCACUCCAUCUUCCAGCUCUCCGUUGAGCAAUACUCCUCUCUCGACAACAACCGAUACAGGCAUGAACCCACCCAUCAACACACAGAAAUAA